GAUACGGAUAUAAAGAGAUCAUCCCCCGCACCCGCCCCUCCAAUUGAACUCCCUACUCACUAUAUGUGAGAAUGGAGGAAUCGAUGAAGUAUUUCCCAUUUAGUUGCGUAGGUUUGACUUUAAUGGCCCAAUCGAACUAACAACCCCGCGAGUCAAUGAACAUUCGUCGUCUACUUUCCCUCCAACCAACGGUUCAUCAACUACCAUUCAAAAAAAAUUCCCUCUCUCUCUUCCCAACUUCUAAUUUGUCUCUUAAACAAUUUCAGACAAUACCCAGAUUUAGCGAACAACAUCAACCUGAUUUAUUCAUAAAUUUACCCCAAAAAAGCAUUCUUGUUUCAACCUUUAUACCCUUCUCUGAGCAUUUGUCACAUUGCUGUAAGACAAAGUCCCUUGGUCCUGGAUUACAAGUUCAUGCUCAAUUAACCAAAUCUGGUUUGUUGGUAGAUGCAAAACUUCGAAAUCAUUUGAUUAGUUUGUAUUCUAAGUGUCGAGUUUUCGGGUAUGCCCGGAAACUGCUCGACGAAAGUCCUGAACCAGAUUUAGUUUCUUGGUCAGCUAUUAUAUCUGGGUAUGUCCAAAAUGGGUUGUCGAAGGAAGCUCUUUUGGCUUUCCAGGAAAUGCACUCUUUGGGUAUUAUCUGUAACGAAUUUGCAUUCUCUAGUGUGCUCAAGGCUUGUGCCACUAGGGUGGAUUUGAGGUAUGGCAAGCAAAUUCAUAAGUUAGCAUUGGUUGCCGGCUUUGCAUCUGAUGAUUUUGUUGCAAAUACCUUGGUUGUUGUUUAUGCAAAAUGCAGAGAAUUUGAUGAUUCUAGGAGGUUGUUUGAUGAAAUUCCUGAAAGAAGUGUUGUUUCAUGGAAUGCUUUGUUUUCUUGUUAUGUUCAAGGAAAUUUUUUCGAAGAGGCAAUUUGUUUGUUUAAUGAAAUGGUUUCAACUAAUACUAGACCAAAUGAGUUUAGUUUAUCAAGUAUGUUGAAUGCCUGUGCAGGGAAAGGGGACGGUGAUUUGGGAAGAAAGAUUCACGGGUACUUGAUAAAGUUUGGACAUGAGGAAGAUCAGUUCUCGGCAAAUGCACUUGUUGAUAUGUAUGCUAAAGUGAGGGAAAUCAAAGAUGCUCUUCUUGUAUUUGAUAAUAUUUUGGAACCAGAUAUUGUAUCUUGGAAUGCCAUCAUUGCUGGAUCCGUGCUCCAGGAAGAACAUGUUUUGGCCUUGGAAUUGUUUGGUGAGAUGAACCAUCUGGGUAUAUAUCCAAAUUUAUUCACAUUAUCGAGUGCCCUGAAAGUAUGUGCAGGAUUAGGAUUGAAAGAGCUGGGUCGACAGCUUCACUCCACUUUGAUUAAGAUGGAUACAAAUGCGGAUUUAUUCACCGGAGUUGGUUUGCUUGAUAUGUAUUCAAAAUGUAAGUCGAUGGAGGAGGCAAAGGCUGUUUUCAUAUCAAUCUUAGAAAAGGACUUGAUUGCAUGGAAUGCUAUGAUCUCAGGUUACUCAUCAAAUGGAAACGACAAAGAAGCUUUAAGCAUUUAUGUUGAGAUGCAUAAAGAGGGAGUAAGUUUUAAUAAGACCACCUUAUCAGCAGUCCUGAAAUCCAUAACUAACUUGCAGAAUAUUGAAGUUUGUCAGCAAAUUCAUGCAAUUUCAUUAAAAUCAGGUCUUCAAUCUGAUGAUUAUGUUGUAAAUAGCCUUGUCGACUCGUAUGGAAAAUUUGGCAACAUAAAAGGCGCAGAAAAAAUCUUUCGAGAAUCCAGGAUAGGAGACUUGGCAUCUUUUACUUCCAUGAUCACGGCUUAUUCUCAGUAUGGGCAAGGUGAGGAAGCUCUAAAGCUUUUUAAGGAAAUGCAAAGUAUGAGUGUUUGGCCAGAUCCUUUUGUUUGCAGUGCUCUCCUAAAUGCUUGUUCAAAUUUAUCUGCAUAUGAACAAGGAAAACAGAUACAUGUUCAUAUACUAAAACUUGGAUACAUGUCUGAUACUUUUGCUGGAAAUUCCCUAGUUAACAUGUAUGCUAAGUGUGGAUGUAUAGAUGAUGCUACCCGUUCUUUCUCAAAGCUAAGUGAGAAAGGAAUAGUAUCAUGGUCUGCUAUAAUCGGAGGACUUGCUCAACAUGGGCACGGGAAAGAAGCCCUUCGAUUAUUUGAUCAGAUGAUCAAGGAUGGUGUUCACCCAAAUCAUGUUACUUUAGUCAGUGUCCUAUGUGCAUGCAGUCAUGCAGGUUUGGUUGAAGAAGCCAAAGAAUACUUCCAAUCAAUGGAUAAAUUAUAUGGCGUAGAACCCACUCAAGAACACUAUGCUUGUAUGAUUGAUAUCCUUGGCCGAGCUGGGAAAUUAGAUGAAGCAUUAGAACUUGUUAACAAAAUGCCGUAUGAAGCAAAUGGAGCAGUUUGGGGAGCGCUUCUUGGUGCUGCAAAAAUCCACAAGAACGUGGAGCUAGGGCAACGUGCAGCAGAGAGGCUUUUCAUGCUUGAACCAGAGAAAUCUGGGACACACAUUCUGCUGGCCAACCUAUAUGCAUCAGCUGGAAUGUGGGAAAAUGUAUCAGAUAUAAGGAAAAUAAUGAAGGAAAAUAAGGUGAAGAAGGAGCCUGGAAUGAGUUGGGUUGAGGUGAAAGACAAGGUUCACACUUUUAUCGUUGGAGAUAAAAGCCACCCCAGAAGUACUGAAAUAUAUGUAAAGCUGAAUGAGAUAAGGGAUCUCAUAAUAAAAGAAGGGUAUGUUCCUAUGCUAGAGAUUGAUCUCCACGAUGUUGAACGAAGCGAAAAAGAGCUACUGCUUCUUCAUCAUAGCGAAAAACUUGCUGUUGCUUUCUCACUUAUAGCAACUCCACCAGGUUCUCCCAUUAGAAUUAAGAAGAAUCUUCGGAUUUGCUUGGACUGUCAUACAGCUUUCAAGUUCAUCUGUAAAGUAGUCUCUCGAGAGAUUAUCGUAAGAGAUUUGAACAGGUAUCAUCAUUUCAAAGAUGGUUCAUGCUCUUGCCGUGAUUACUGGUGAUAUUGAAUUCCAGAAGAAUACAAGAAUCAUCCAAUAUGAUGUACAAAAGAAUGUCCUCUUAUCUUCGGAAAUGUUACCUUUGUUGUAUUGAUCAGAAACAGAGAUAUGUUUUGCUGUUUCUCAGCAAAUUCUGAAAUGAAAUGCUUUGAGAUGUCUUUUUACAUAGCUUCUCUGAGGAAUGAUAGUUUUAUCUUGGGAAUUUUACCAGAAGUGGGAAUAAGUAUAUUUUAAUCAUAGUUUAAUACA